UACCAACUCAGUCCGUAACUGUGAUGACUGGGGGACUCUCGGUGUCCCUUUGCUCCGUGACUUUGGUGCUGCUCUCGUUUCUAGUGAGAAUUCGUGUGACAAUUAUGUCAUAGAUGAUUCAUGAUAAGAAAACCAUUAUCAUUUCUGACAUGGAGUAAAUCGAAAAUCAACUACUUCCAUAUAUAAAAGUUGAAGCUCCAAGGGAAACAUCUCGCAAGCUUUGAGGUGGGAUAAACGAAAUCAGCACUGGAAAGAUUUUGAGGCAUACACUUAAAUUUUGGUGACGGGAUAUAUAACGUUCAUAAUACCCAGACGUGUUCACCAAGGAAAGGUAUCUAUGAUUGACGACACGAUCAGCCGCCCUGGCGGCAUUGGUACUGUUUCUUCCCAGUCUGCCACCGAUCAGCUUGUCGAACAUGAAGCAGAUCCGGCCGUGCAGGAUAUUUUGCCCGUCACUGAUACCUCCUCCCAGUACCAGACCGCUGCUGAUCCCAUGGAGCUGAAUGUCGAGCCUCUCCAAAAUGUCCUUAGCACUGAGGAUCUAUCUUGGCUGGAAGCUAUUGAACACAACUCACUGAAGGAAGAAAUAGACAUGGUCUUGCCAGAACACAGUGACCAACAAGAAAAUAUGUGUUCACGCGAAUUGGACGAAAAAAUAUUGUCCAAAUUCACGGAGCUGUCGCCUGGUGAUCUUGAAAUCUUUGAGCUGCCACCUUCCCAGCGAGAGGAACUCAAGACGCCCAUUCAGAAAAUUAUUUGAUUCCGGCACAUUUAUGGUUGUGACGAGAGAGAGAGAGAGAGAGAGAGAGAGAGAGAGAGAGAGAGAGAGAGAGAGAGAGAGAGAGAGAGAGAGAAAGAGAGAGAGAGAGAGAGAAGGGGUGGGGGGGCGGGGGACAACAACUUUUUCUCGUAAUAGUACAAAUCACAGCACAUUUCACUGUAGAGAUUGUCAUAAACUCUUUAGGCCUAAAUGACAAAUUACCUCAAAAGUACAUCUACAGUACAUUAGUUCCUCGUCGGUGCAAUAUGCUAGAGAGCCUACGUGUGUUGUUAAAAUCUGGGCUGGGUCAGUCGGUGCCUAUCUCACCCACCUGUGCAUUCUUCUUUCGCAUUGGUGGAUAAUUAGAUACCUGUGGGAACCUACAUAAGAUGGCCAGAAAACGGAGAUAAGCCUCCUUUUCCUUUAUGGUUGCGUUUACACCAGGCGAGUUAUUCAGAUUCAAUUCAUAAAUAAUCAUUUGCCUCGUCAUUUUGAGUUAGCACUGUUCUCACUGGCUGAGUAAAAUAGUCAAAAUCAACAGGCAGUAGUGUGUAGGCUGUCUUUAAUGCGUAUGGACAUACACCAAUGGUUUUCUAACAAUUUAGUAUGAUGGCACACUAAGAAACAAAAUUUUUGCGGCAUAUAUAUAUAUAUAUAUAUAUAUAUAUAUAUAUAUAUAUAUAUAUAUAUAUAUAUAUAUAUAUAUAUAUGUAUAUAUAUAUUGGCAGCACACCAAUAAGAUGAUGGUGCACUGGUGUGUCGUGACACACUUUGGGAAUCACUGAGUCGUAGACUAAAAUACCGGUGUUGGUGCGGCUGUUGCGGCGUAAUGGUAGGCGUCAAGCAAGAGUAUGUUUACUUGGAUUUAUUACUGGGAGCGUAGGGCAUUUAUUCCUAGACAUGAUAAGAAUUCCAGAUUCUUCUUUUUAAUUUAUUCAAAAUUAACACGGAAUAAUUUGGAGUGUUUGUAUUGUUGACUGCAUCCCGCUCUCGGGGCACAAGACAAGGAUCAUAAUUAUGUAACACCUCUGUGGUACUAAAUUGAUCAGGUCAGCCGAAAACGUGAUAUUCAUUCCUUGGCGGAAUGGUCGUGACGCAUGAGAAAAUGGGCAGUGCGAGGCUGAAAGAGAGAGAAUAAUUAUACCUCAAACUGUGUACACGUUACAGUCUGGCUCUCCUAUACAUGUAAGGCCGUGUCAAGGUUGCUGAAUGAAUGGAAAAUUCUAACAGAAGAUUUUUAAGCAAAGUUAUGGGUGAGAUUGAUAGUUGGAAUAGAUAAUCAUUAUUUCAUAUAAGAAGUGUCAGGUGCCUUUAAGAAGCUUCCCAUAUAUAAUUUGAUUACGUAGUGGAUGAGUAGUUUAUUAUAUAUGUUGUAUAUAUAUAUACACCUUUAUUACUUAACUAUAUAAGUAUUUUUAUACCUUUCACUGGUAAACUCUAUCUGUUUCUGUAUUUCCAUCUUCCUACGACUUAACUUCUUUUAAGAGAGAGGUGUCGAGACAUUUGUCCCUUGCUUAUGGAUAACUCUUUUGACCUCUUAGGGAACUUGCAAUUUCAAUGGGCUUUUUUUUUUUAUAGCAUUUUGUUGCCCUUGGCAGUGUUCUCUCUUUUCAUAAAAACAACAACUUUAUAUUAUCACUUGAUAUUUAAAAGUCUAUAAAAAAUAUAACUGAC